AUGAGCAGCAGGGCCACUGUCCAUCGAAACGUAGCAUAAUCCGGGACUCCAAACAGGCUCAAGUGUGCCCAAUUCCCUUAUUUCAGGAUCAGAGAUGGCAGCUAAUUAAAAUAAUAUUUACCAACUAGUAACGGUACAUGUCAUCUUAUUGCAUACUGCUUUUAUUCGGACACCAGUGCGCCUUUGGUGUCGAGCAGGGUCCGCCUCAAGCAAAGCGGUGCUAAGAGUUGAUAACAGCCGGAAUCUAACCGAGAGGAGACUUUGUUGAAGACCCAGCGCCAGAGAGGCAGAGAGCAGACUCGGGGCUGGAUGUACAUGGCCUUGCCUUCCCCAGCGGCCCGCCAUGGGGGAGACCAAAAUUAUCUAUCACUUGGACGACCAGGAAACUCCAUACCUGGUCAAGUUGCCCAUCGCUGCCGAGAUGGUUACUCUUGCCGACUUCAAAAAUGUCCUCAAUAAACCCAACUAUAAAUUUUUCUUCAAAUCUAUGGACGAUGAUUUCGGGGUGGUGAAAGAAGAGAUCUCCGACGACAACGCCAAACUGCCCUGUUUCAAUGGUCGGGUUGUGUCAUGGUUGGUGUCAGCAGAUGGUUCUCUUGGGGGUUCUGAUGGGGGAUCUGUGUGCGCUGACAGCCAGGCAGAGCUGACACCCCCUCUGGAGAGAACCGGCGGUAUUGGAGACUCAAGACCUCCCUCUUUUCAUGCCAAUGCUGUAGGCAGUCAGGAGAACCUGGUCAAUGACACGGAGACUGAGUCUGUGUUGUUGCUACGAAGAGAGAGGGAGAAGGUCCGGGAGAGGGAGAAAGAGAGGCCGAGAAGGAAAGAGAAAGAAGUUGUAGACCAUGGUGGCAGGUUGAAUGGUCAUUCUCGACCAGAGCGGGAGCCGCGGCGUCCGGAGCUAGCGGGGUAUGAGAGCUCGUCCACGUUGAUGAGUUCUGAGCUGGAGUCGACAAGCUUCUUUGACUCGGAAGAUGACGACGCAACCAGCAGGUUCAGUGGCUCCACGGAGCAGAGCACGUCGUCAAGGCUCAUGAGACGACAUCGGCGGCGCCGGCGGAAACACAAAGCACCUCGGAUGGAGAGGUCGUCCUCAUUCAGCAGUGUCACAGAUUCCACCAUGUCCCUGAACAUCAUCACAGUCACGUUAAACAUGGAGAAGUAUAACUUCCUGGGCAUCAGUAUUGUGGGUCAGAGUAACGAGAAAGGUGAUGGAGGAAUCUACAUUGGCUCCAUCAUGAAAGGAGGGGCGGUGGCAGCAGAUGGACGUAUCGAGCCUGGAGACAUGCUACUACAGGUUAAUGACAUCAACUUUGAAAACAUGAGCAACGACGAUGCUGUAAGAGUAUUGAGAGAGAUUGUCCAUAAGCCAGGCCCCAUCGUUUUGACUGUGGCUAAGUGCUGGGAUCCUAACCCUCGAGGAUGCUUCACACUACCCAGAAGUGAGCCGAUCCGUCCCAUAGACCCUGCUGCCUGGGUGUCCCACACUGCGGCAAUGACGGGGGCGUACCCGGUGUACGGUAUGAGCCCUUCUAUGAGCACCAUCACCUCCACCAGCUCCUCCAUCACAAGCUCCAUUCCUGAGACCGAGCGGUUUGAUGACUUACACCUAUCCAUUCACAGUGACAUGGCAGCUAUUGCCAAAGCAAUGGCCAAUCCAGAGUCUGGAUUGGAGGUGCGAGACAGGAUGUGGCUUAAGAUCACCAUUCCAAAUGCCUUUAUAGGGUCAGACGUGGUGGACUGGCUGUUCCAUAAUGUUGAGGGCUUCACCGACCGCCGUGAGUCCCGGAAGUACGCCAGCAACCUGCUGAAAGCGGGCUACAUCCGGCACACUGUCAAUAAAAUCACCUUCUCGGAGCAGUGCUACUACAUCUUUGGAGACCUCUGUGGAAAUAUGGCUAACCUCUCUAUGGGAGACCAAGACGGGUCAAGUGGAGCUUCGGACCAGGACACCCUUGCGCCCCUGCCCCAUCCCGGUGCUGCCCCAUGGCCCAUGGCUUUCCCCUACCAGUACCCCAUCCCACACCCUUACAACCCUGCCCCCAUGCAAGAGACCCCCCGAAGCCAACCUGGAGGCGGGGACAGCGCGGGUAGCCAGCACAGCGAAGGAAGUCGAAGUAGUGGUUCUAACUGCGGCGGCAGUAAGAAGUUGGCAGGAGCUGAGAGUGGCGGUGCUGGCGAGUCCAAGUCGACAGGGAGCGGCAGCGAAUCGGAGCUGAGGAGGGAGGACGCACCCAGCGAGGGCUCAGUGGUCGCGCCCACUAGCAAGGACAGUGCGCACAGCACACACAGCCUGAACAGCUUGGCCCACAGCGUCCGCAGUAGUAGCCUAGCAUGCGGGCCUCCCAGCAUGCCGCCCCCACUCCACAACACAGCCCCACCUGGGUCGCCCCCAGGUCGGGACCUGGCCUCAGUGCCGCCCGAACUCACCGCCUCGCGCCAGUCGUUCCGCAUGGCCAUGGGCAACCCCAGCGAGUUCUUUGUCGAUGUAAUGUAAGGUGUGAAAUCCAGAGGGCAGAUUCUCACUGCAGGUGUUCACAACUUCUUGGUACAGAGAGGGAGGAGGUGUUGGCGAGAAGAAGGCAGAGGGGACUGAGUUGGUGAUGAGAGGAAUGUGGGAGUGACUGCACUGUCGGUACCCAGUCCCUGUGAGGCUUGUACUUUCUUCAGUGAAGAAAAUCACAUUGGAUGCAGCCCCCUCCUUGAUCGCCAUAAUGAUGUAUGUGAACUUAUUCAUAUUGUUCUUUUCCACAUCAGUAUAAAUGUAUGCCUGUGUGUGCAUGUGAGUUAAUAUGAAUAACGUGGUUGGAAUUGAAUGUCUUCUGUUUCUUUCCCCCCCACUAUGUGACCUGUGUAUUUCUCAACUGUGAUUAAAUGCUUGUGAACACAGGACUCUGUUCUCUGCACUGCACAGUAGGGCGGAACAGAAUGUUUACUCCAAUGAUCAUCUGAAUGAAAACUAACAAAAAUCUAUUUGAGACGGUUUAAUCUUUCCCCCCAAAAGCUGUAUAUAGACAAGGAGAGAGAUGGAAAAAGGUACUUAAGGCUCUUGUAAACCAUUUGUUAUGAGCGGAGUUGGAGGGCGGGGUGAAAAACUAAAUCUACAAAAAAUUACAACAUCUAAUUGAAACUGUGUAGAAAUGAUGAUGGAUCCCCAUUCAUACAGUUUCUUGACCAACUCACAAUUACCAAAAUGAACUCUAGUGUCUAGACAGUCAGGAAGCAUCAAAGAUUCCCAAAACAAUGGAUAGAGAACAAAGAUUUACUCAAUUAGCAAGGAAAUACAACCCAUUUUUUGCAGAAUGACCUCUAAGAAAGUUUAAAACCCAUGGCAUAGAUUACAGUGCAUGUAAAGGUGAGCACACUAUUUCAAAAUUGAUUUGAGAGGAUCAGGUUUCCGUCCAAAUUCCAAUAAAUGUACUUAUGUACUUUGGAAUAUGUCCUGUAAUAUAAAUGGCAAAAAGCCCAUGCGUAUAGAUAGAUCUAAGAAAUGUAUAUCUAACCUUUCAGAUGUAAUGGUGGUAAUACUUCUCACUGCUGUGUGGAUUUAUAUUGGUAGUCAUGCUGUGAUCAUUAUCUAUGAUAUACACUCUAACAAAUCAGUGCAGUCAAUACUCAAAACCAGGAUGGGAGUCAGUUCCAUUGAAAUUCAAUCAUUUCACAAUGUAAACUGAAAUUGCAAUUUCACUUAAAUCUUCUUUAUUUUUUUUAAGCUGGGACUGCUGAAUUGAUCCAAACUUGUACAACACAGAGAAAUUUGUCAUUGCAUUUUUGUUUGAGGAAAGUUGAGAAGCUUAAUUUUGCCCCUAUCUCUUCCCAUCUGUCUUUCAAGAAAGGUAAUUCUCAGUACAACUGCAAUAACAAUAAUUAUUUUAUUAUAUUAUUUGUUUUACAUCAACAUUCUGUUUAAUUUGCUGUCUAAAAUGUCUUACCAUGUAAACCUUUUUUACUACUUCCCCAGAAUACACUUAUCAGAAAUGUUGAAUUAAAAAUGGAUACAUUUAUAGUGUUUAACAGUUCAUUUUAAUAUUCACUGUACACAGUUUUAUGAGAAAAACAUGAGGAAAAAUGUUUUUAUUUAUAAACAUAGUUUUAUUGCCUAAAUACCUA